CGGAGCCAACAUGGCGGCGCCCAUCGGCGUCCACCUGUUCGUCCGUGGAGGUUGUCAGAGAAUUUUGUCUUCUCCACUCAAUCAUCUCUGCUUAUACAAGCGGACAGACAGUCAACAAAGAAGAAAUUUCUUUUUCUGGAGACAAAGGGAUCCCUCCCACAAUAUAGUUUUGCCGGCUGCAGUUUCUCCUGCACAUCCUGUCCCCAAGCACAUAAAGAAGCCAGACUAUGUGACGACAGGCGUUGUGCCCGACUGGGGAGACAGCAUAGAAGUUAAGACUGAAGAUCAGAUCCGAGGGCUCCGUGAGGCUUGUCAGCUGGCCCGGCACAUCCUCCUCCUGGCUGGGAAGAGCUUGAAGGUUGACAUGACAACAGAAGAGAUUGAUGCUCUAGUUCAUCGGGAAAUCAUCAGUCACGAUGCCUAUCCCUCACCUCUGGGCUAUGGACGCUUUCCAAAAUCUGUUUGCACCUCUGUAAACAACGUGCUCUGCCAUGGCAUUCCUGACAGCCGACCUCUUCAGGAUGGGGAUAUUAUCAACAUUGAUGUCACGGUCUAUUACAGUGGCUACCAUGGAGACACCUCUGAGACCUUUCUGGUGGGCAAUGUGGAUGAACGUGGUAAAAAGUUAGUAGAGGUGGCCAGGAGGUGUAGAGAUGAAGCAAUUGCAGCUUGCAGAACUGGGGCCCCCUUCUCUGUAAUUGGAAACACAAUCAGCCGCAUAACUCAUCAGCAUGGACUGCAAGUCUGCCCGCAUUUUGUGGGACAUGGGAUAGGAUCAUACUUCCAUGGACAUCCAGAAAUUUGGCAUCAUGCAAAUGACAAUGACCUGCCCAUGGAGGAGGGCAUGGCUUUCACCAUAGAGCCAAUCAUCACUGAGGGGUCCCCAGAAUUUAAAGUCCUGGAGGAUGAGUGGACUGUGGUCUCACUAGACAACCAAAGGUCCGCGCAGUUUGAGCACACAGUCCUCAUCACAGCAAGAGGUGUGGAGAUCCUGACCAAACUGCCCCAAGAAGCCUAAGACUCUUCCAGCAAGGCCACCGAGGCCCCGUGCCUGUCUUCUUAAGGAGAGACCUUUAAAAACUGAGGAGCCAGCCACAGGCCACAUAGGAGUCUGCAGUGUCUCAGAGAAAAAUACAGUGUGGACAGGACUUUGGGGACUCAGGUCUCCGGCCCACAAGGGCCUCUGGAGAACCACCUUCCUGGGCAAGUGGUUUGCCUGUCCAUGAUUCUAAUUCUGGUUUCACUUGGUUUCACUGAAAUCCAUUCCAGAUUCUAACCAAGUUAAAAAACAAAACAAAACCACCACCACCAACAACAAAAAACCUCUUAGCUCCAUUGUGUUCACUCUCCACAUGGGACAGUUACAAAGGGGUGGGGUAGGUGCUUAGUUUUGGAAUCUCCAAACUUUUAACAUGCAUACAGGAAAAAAAAAAAAAAAAACAGAACCUGUUAUCUGAAAAUUUGUCUUUUCCCCUUGUGGGUCUUAAAUUAGCUAAGCCUGGCGGCACCUGCUUCCACCCCUACCCAGUUUCUCUUCACCAAGGUUUGGCCUAGAGAAGAUGAGCCAGGAAGCAUUGGCUGCAAAUGUUUUCUUGGCUGUGGACCAUAGUGUAGCCUCUCUGAAGACUACGGACCCCUGAGCCUCUCCAUCAGCAACCAGCCACGCUUGAUCCCCUCCCUGCCUGAGACCACCCCCACCCUAGAUCAUUUGUUUUGCUAAAAGUUUGAGCUGCAACCCCAUAGAGCCCAACUAGUCCUUAAACUGUCCUUCCCCUGGCUACCAGCCUGGGACAGGUACCCUCCCUGGGCUAUACAAGUCAGGUAUUCCUGAGACCUCCCUGAG